UACUCAAACGUCCAACACUUAACACCAAACACGAAAUCAUUGUCUAUGUCCUAUAGAGUUACUCGUUUGAACUUCAUCUGAGGUUAACUGCUUUCAUUAGUGUAGUAUAUUAUACGUGGUUUUUCAGAACAUCCUCAAGUCUGAAGCAGCCAGAAUUUUAAUGAACUUUCUGAUAAGCUUUUAUUGUCUCCCUCUAACUUCAAUAGUGAAGAAAUAUCAGAUAAGAAGGAUUGUUUUUUCUCAGUCGGAUGAUUUUUCAGCUUUCUUCUGCAAGAUCCAUCCUAGCUUAUAUUUGAAUUCUUGUCUUGAGGCCAGUGCACGCAUUAUUCAACAAAUAUUGACGAUCCAAAUCUACAAGGUUCCACGAAGAAACUCUCAAUCGCACUAGCAAAAACUUCUUGACAGUAGCCGUCGAUGAGCUAAUCUUAAAAGGAGCACAAAGUUCAAGGUCGAUUCAGUAGAAUUUGCCGAUGGAAAGAAGUUACAGUUCUUCACAUAUGAAGAAGUAAACUUUUCUUGCAAAGAAAUAUUGAAGACUGAACCUCAUAACCAAAAGCUACUGGGCAGUUGACGACUUACGUUGUGUAGGUAAGAGAGUUUGUUUAAGAAUUCAACAAGGUGGACCACAGUUGGUGUAAUAUAUUUAUUGACAUCUUUAUGGUCUCUUGACGAGUUGUAUCCACUUUUUGGUACCUUUGUCUAUUCAUAGUACAUAGUCAAUUUGGUUGAAGCUCGUUUUCUUGACAUAGACUAUUGGUUUUUCAAGUCCAUUUCAGUUGAUUUGAACCUUCACUUUUCAUUUUUCGUGUAAUAGAACGACCAACUUUAUGUUUAGUAUCGAGUCCUAUAAAAGAUAUCAGAUAAUACCAAUGAAUCAAGAAAGUUGCUGUUGAAAAU